CCAAUAGGAAGACAGAUUUUUGGUCACGUGGCUAACGUCACCGCCAUUGAGCAGAAUCGUGCUCUAGCCGGACAGCGGCGAUCCCUGUGCGGUUCCCCGGAGUUUAGCUUUGGUUGCGUCCAAUGUUUUGCUGAGCCCACUUCGCGAAGUUCUAAGUGCAGUGCUUCAACGGCAAGUAACAUUUCUUUCAGCGACCACGAUGUUCGGUCGUCGAAGCUUCGUGACGGACAGUGGACACCGAGCGUCCAUCCAGCAAGUCGUGGAACCAACGCCGCCAUUGGCCAAACGACGCUUCGUGCACGGAGGAUUGCAGUAGCAUUUUCCUACACCCAGUGUUCGUGCUGCAGUGGGCUGUUCGUCAACGAUGGAAGUCGAAACGCAUGUCGAUAAAGACUGCAGCGCGCUUGGCAGCCUAUUUCAAUAUAUCGUCAAUGACCUGAAGGGUGGAACUCCAAUAUGGGAAGAUUUCUUAGCAAAGGCAAGCAAGCUGCAUUCUCAGCUCAAGAUCACAGCAUCAGUUUCGGCUGCCUUCUUAGAUUCAUUCCAAAAAGUGGCUGACAUGGCUACAAAUACCAAAGGGGCCACGAAAGAAGUUGGCAAGGCACUGACUCGCCUUUGCCUUCGUCACCGCAGUGUUGAAGCAAAGUUGCGUUCAUUCACCACGUCAAUCAUGGAGCAGCUAGUUAUUCCGUUACAAGACAAGCUAGAGGACUGGAAAAAAAGCACCCUACAACUAGACAAGGACCAUUCCAAAGAAUUCAAGAGGGCACGUCAGGAGAUCAAGAAGAUGUCAACUGACACCUUGCGAUUACAGAAGAAGGUUAAGAAAGGCAGUGGAAAGUGGGAGAUGCAGCGUAGCCUGGAGUGUGCUCUGCAAGAGAUGAGUGACCGGUGCUUGCUGUUAGAGGAGGCUGAGAAGCAAGCAGUGCGCCGUGCCCUGGUUGAGGAGAGGGCCCGGUACUGCCUUCUGGUGGCCUGCCUCACACCUGUCUUGGAAGAAGAGCUGUUGAUGCUGCAGGAAACAUCCCACUUACAGGAAAUUGUGGACUCCUUGGCCAAGCUUACUCGAAAUCCUGAAUGCCUUCCCUCGGCCAGUGAACAGGUCAUUACUGACCUGAAAGGGUCACAGGGCACCUGGACCUUCCAGACACCUCCAGGCUCUCCUGUUCAUACUGGUGGCAGCACAAGCAGUUCCUUGGGUUCACGCAAAUCCAGCAUGUGCAGCAUCAGCAGCUUCAACAGCUCCUCCAGUGGUAGCACCAAAUCUCAUUCUCCCUCGCAUCAGCUGCGGUGUAGGACAGCCUCCCAGCAGCCACCUGUGGGAGGACCACUACGGUUGUCAAGUGUGUCAUCUCAAGAUUCUGGCUUCACUUCACAGGAUACCCUGUUUUUGAGGCCUCCAUCCCCUCGAGGGACCAAUAUAGCUGCCCAGGUGUCAGGAGGAGACACUGGAGCAUCAUCACUGCCAGGAUGUGCUUCAAGUAGCCCUUCAUCACCAUUUCCUACUACACCCUCUGUGACUUCCACCUGGCCUAAUUUGCAGGACAGCCUGCAAUUUGAGCGGGCCAUGAAUUCAGUGCUGCGGUGCCAAAGACCACACACUAUCUCUUCUGCAUAUGAGCGAUCGGGCCACCAGGCAAGACCUCUAAUUACAGCGGAGACAUUUCAACCCCUUGAAGGAGACUUACUGAGUGGCUCCAAUCACAGUGGAAGUGCUGACACACUGACAUCAACAUCAGGGGACAGCUCAGAUGGCCUGGAGUUGGCAGCACAGUCUGCACUUGUAGGUGGUGCAAGGCCAAAGUCUCCCCAGACACCCACCAGAGGUCCUCGGCCACCAGUACCAAUUAGGACCACAUCAAACACCAGUACAGCACCAUCUUUGCCUGAGAAGCCAGCUGUAUUGAGGCAAGCAGCUUCAGCUGGGGCUGUGGCUACGUCAUCAGAUGCACAACUACUAAAUCAAGUGACUCCUCAGCCGAUAUACGCAAAUGCAGACGACUUGGCACUGCCGUCUUCAACACUUGCUGGCACAGAUUCUCCUCCAUUACCACCACCUCCUGUCCAGGAGUCGUUGCAGGCAAUUACAGCAUGGGAACCCGAUAACACGAUGCCUGUGAGGAGAGGAUCUGCAUUACAGGCACAUGAAGCCUACAAGACAUAUUCACCAAGUAAUGCCUCAAUGCGAUAUGAAGGGCUGUCCAAGUCUUCAACACUCCCUGCCAAGUCAAGCUUUCGACGAGGCUCACAGCCACCACCACCUCCCCCUGUGCGACGGACCCCUUCAAUUUCAAGUGCUCAUGGUUGUUCACCUUCAUCUCCAAGCUCACAACACCUUCAAGAGCAAGCCACUGUGGAUCGUGGAGGCCAGUUCGUUGGUGAUGACGACGGCUCUACAAGCAGGGCCAAGUUGAUACAAGCACUUAAUGCCCGUUUCUCGAAACCAAGUCCGCUAGAACAGGCCGGUCUUCGAUUCUCACUUCCAUCAAGUCACACCGAAGAUGGUUGUGGCCUUCCACUACCAGAUCCACCAGAUAUGUCCUAUUUUGAUCCAGAAAGUGAUUCAAAGCCUUUUCCGGCUCCACCGCCAUUCCUUGAAUCACUAGAAAAUGAACUAUCACUCGAUACAGAAAGUGAAGCUGCAUGUACUUUCAGAAAGCAAGCACAACAUGAGAAAAAGCUUCUGCGUGCUCACACAAUUGGACACAGUGAACGUGAUGCUCUUAUUCAAAGCCUUAAUGCCAAAUUCUCAACAUCUGAAGCAACAGCCAUUUGUGAAACGAAGACAGCUGUCCGUAAAAGUUCAUUUUGUGAAUCAUCGUCUGCAACCUGCACUCGGCUUGGUGCAGAUGCUGCAAUAAAAACUGGAAAGGUGCCUCCCGAGAUGGAUUUCUUUCGAGCCAACUUGGAGCAGACACUUCUCAAGCGAGAGCUCAGGAGAGACCCACGAAACAGUGUUGCUGGUGGAACAGCGGAUUCCUCAGGAGAAAACCGCCGGAGCAGGUCUGUGGGCCCAGUGCCAUCUGGUGAGAAGAAAAACAACUCAGCAGAGCGACGACAGUUUCUUAGCAACCUGAAUGCUCGUCUCGCAGAACAGCGAAGAGUGUCACUGCAGCCAGUUCAACAACAAGCUCCAUCUGCAAAGCAGGUGUCGCAGUACACGCAGCAAAUGACAACCUUCUCUACAGGGCAGACAACAGUUCCAGCACCAGUACAGUAUGUGCAUACAGCGACACCUGCCCAGAUGCAUAACUUGCAAGCAGUUCAGUCUACUGCUGGAAUACUUCCCCAGACAUCGGUUGUCACAACACGCCGUGGCUCCCUGCAGCCAGACGUUGAGUUUGGUUCAAGACAAAAUGGUGGGCGAGCUGCUCGAGUUCAGAGCUGGCUAGCAGCUCGUGGUUCUGUUGACCUGACUGCAUGCCGAGAGUCACUAAUGGAUCAGAUUCGGCAGGGCACAGUGCUGAAACGAGUUGCAUCACAGAGUGAUCGCUCAACACCAUUUUUGCUGUGACGUUACCUUGUGGUUUUCAUCUGGCACAUAUGAUGGAGAGGACACUGCGACUUUGUGGCAAUGACAUCGAGAAAAAUUGAAGCAGGGUGGAGCGCUUGGGGUGCCUUCUGUGCUGCUGUAGCUACUGUGCUCUCUGCAUGUUUCAUUCCUUGCUUUAAAACUUAGUUGUUGGCAUAUUUAAGUAUGCUUUACCACAGUGCUGAGUGUGUUGAAUAUUAUUUAUUUGCCUGAAAAGAGUUAUUUUUCUUUGAUGGUCAGAAUGUGACAUGUGCCACUUAGCUUGCAUAAAUAAUUCUAAGGGCUACCCGCUUAGUAGCCGUUAACCCAAAUGUCAUUGUCAUAUAUAUUUUUUUACAUCUAGGUCAUUGUAAAUCUUUCACAUAUCUUGGUAUGUUGUGUUGCAUGGUUUAUUUUCUUGCAUUUCAGUGUAGAGCACACAUUACUAAGUGCAAUGGGAGAGUUCAUAUCACUAAAUUUUCUGUUACUGUGGCAGGGAUAUCUUGCAUCUCUCACUACUAUGAAUAAUUUUUUGGACUUGUUGCUUUUACCACCAAUGUCAUGCUUCUCUUGUGUUGAAGAGAGCUUUAGCUAUUUCCAACUAUUAUUCAUCCGUAUUUAAGAAUCACGGGGCACAUUCCUUCCUUAGAAUACAUGGGUUAAUAGUUCUUUGACUGCAAAACCUUAGUGCACCAAAAAUAAAAAUAAGAUUGCUCCCCACACCCUGACCUGACAAUAUUUAAACUAUUUUUAACAACCAAGUUUUUUCUAAGUGCCAGUUACGUUAGAAUGUUCUGUAGCUGGGAAAUGCAUUUUAAUGUGUUGAAUUUUCUCAAGCUGUGUCAUAAAAAGAUUCCCUAAUGUCUUGAACCAACAUGUAAACGGCUUGUUCACCUUAAAAAAAAUUUCGUAAACAACGUGCUGUUGGUAUCACUAAAAAACACUUAGUUUAGGUUAUUGGAUUUUGCAUUCAUUUGGUUCUUAUCCAUUGAAAAAGGAAGGUCUAAGUGUUUUCAGGCAUGGGAGUAAUUGUACCUUAGUUUCUGAAAGUGGGAAGUGGAAGGCAGUUAGGGCAUGAAAAUUUAAGCAUUGUACCACAUGUCCAUUGUAAUUUGGAACAUGUUGCUGGCUACUCCUAUUUAAAAGAACAGUGGGUAUCUGUAUUACUGCAAUGAAUAGCAGGUAUGCCAAAGCACACUUUGCUGAGCGCUUAUGCAGCUGAACAUAUUAUAUGUGUGCAUUUCUGAUUGCAAGACUCUUGCUGGAAACAUCUUAACAUUUAGUUGCAGCCAUUAAGUAGGCAUGUAGGAAUUGACCUUUCAUAAUUAACACAUCUUCAAAUGUUGGAGCCCAUCACAGCUGCUACACUUUAAUAAGUACGAUGCGGAAAAAACGGUGCAUAUUUAAAGAUAUGUUGGUGGACCCAGUUUUUAAAAUCGGAGCUAAUGUUGACAUUCUUUUUUCACUGUCAUUGAAGAGGACAGGGGUGAUGACCUUACCAUAGCUAAACCACAAUAGUCUUCUCAUGUCAAUGCAUGGAAUCAAGCAUGCUGAAUUACUUUUUGCUUGGAGUUCCUCCUCCAAGGAACACAAAAUUCUGUGCCCUUGUUUCACUUUGUUUACAUGAGAGGUACUGCAUGAGUGCGUGCAGGUGUUUGCAAUAGCAAAGCGCUAAAGCUUUCUUCCUUCACCAGAAAGAGCUCUGACAGGUUUCGUGCACUGCCAGGCAUGUGUGUUUAUUAAACAAGUGCACACUUAUUGUAUUAGAGGUGUGGUAUAUAUUAUUUAGAAAAAGGAUAUGGAGUUGUUUUGCUUUAUUAAAAGUGAUAGAGAUGGAGUGAGUUUCUUAUAGCUAACCAAAGAAAGCUGCCUUAGACCUUAUCUGAAUGGCAGUCAGUAAAGCAUAUACCAGCUCUCCAGAUGAAAAUUAAUGCUUUACUGGGCUGAAGAGGACAACGCGUACGAGGACGACAUACUUAGUUUAACAUUUGAUAUGUACUGUGGGGACCUUUGUGUUUAAGUAAUAAUACUAAGUUUGGUUUUCUCUAGUGUCUGUUUACUUUUUAAUUGUGGCAAAGCCUGCUGAUUUUUAUUGCCUGACUCUUGCAUUUUUUAUUAUUUCAGCUUUUCAUUAUACAGAAGUGAAAAGGCAAGCCUCCUAAAUUGUUUUCAAAUGACAGUUACAUUCAUGUAUCACAUUUGACUUGUGUUCAGUGUUUGUCCGAGGCAGUGUUGUUCUCUGCUUUUCUUUUUAUGUGUGUAGAGAGUUUUUUGUUUGUUUAUUGUAAAUCAGCCAUAUUCACAUCCAUAAAGUGAUCACUGUUCUUGGUUGCUUUGGUAUGUUACUUGCAAAGUAUUGCAAACAGACAAGCAAACCUUAAUUAGAGCUUUGUGGAUGUAGUUUCAUUUUUUCUUUUUUCUCAUUGUUGCAGACAAACUUAUUUCAACAAGUGCUGGAAAUUUAGAAAGUUUUUGAGCAGGGAACUUUUGUAAAUUCCAGUGGCAUGUAGCUUGCAGUCAGGACUCUGAGCAUUGUGCAUAGAUACCGAAUAAGUUAUUACUACUUUAGGAAAGCUGUGGCCACAGCGUGAAAUCAACAUAAGUAUACCAAAACAUCACCUUCCGACUUCACAAACCACCUGCUUUAAUCUUACUCUAUUCAGGAUUGUACGUGGGGGCUUCUAUUAAGUUCAAUGACUUACAUUGGCAAUGCACCAGCAUAUUUAAUUCAAAUAUGCAUGCCUGCAUUAUCAAAGUAGGAAUAGGCUCAUGAAUAAAUCUAAACCUUUUCCUCUGCUUGUUCUUUAAAUUUUGAGGCAAUCUUCACAGUUUUGAAACUUGCUUCAAGUAGGUUAUGUGGAAGAAAGAUAUUAGAAGCUGGGCUAUGGGGGCUUGUAAAAAUUAAAUUUAAUGUACCCAGUGGAUGUAUGUGACUACGAUCUGUGGCUCUUUAACUUGUUUUGUCUAUUCACUUCAUUCUUUUUUCAUUACUUUGUUUAGCACUUAGUCAUUUUUGUAUAGUUGCUGCUUUUCCAAUGUGUGCUAGCUUAGGUGAGGCUUUCAUUAACUUUUUCAAUUUCGCCAUAGUAUCCACAUAGUGAAGUGGUAUACUUAAGCCAUAUAUGUUUGCCAACACUUUCAUUUGCCUUCACAUGUGGUUUGUAGUAAUAAAUAGUUUACUACUAUUCUUGUUUUUUGGGACAAGACAAGCCAAUAAUUGGUGUGCUGUGCCAUUUUAACUUCAAUUCAUGCAAAACUGGCCCUAGGCAUUACAUUUUGCUGCACAUGUGUGGUUUCUUUCUCGGUGAUGGUAAUAAGUGCAUUACAGCGUUAUUGCUGAUAAUUUUUUUUUAUUCCUGGAAGUGUUUUCUUUUUGCUGAAUUUUGAAAAUGCAAUUAGUUAAUACAAAGUGCUACCUUAUUUUGAGUAAAUUGUAUUGAAGGCAUUUCAUGGCUUGUUAUUUAAAGCUAAUGCGUGAUUAUGAAAAGGAAUACUUCCCAACCACCCAUCACCCUACUGUCGCUCGUAGUGAUUCCCUUUCAUUGUGUGUGUCAUGUGAAAACCACUUUGUCAUAGCUCCCCGUGUUCUACCCAGCCAUUAACCCUCUGCAUGUGUACCUGUUUCACCCCGGUUGAUCCCUGUUGUGUUGAAUGGAGGGCACCAAACAGCAGCGGAUAUGCACCUUUGUCAGAUUUAACUAAGUGCUGUAAAGGAGGCUGCGCUCUUUUUCUGUCCAGUUGCUGAAGUGUAACCGUCCAGCUUGUGUGUUGUUUGCCAAGCAUGAAACACAUAUCUUCAGUUCAUGUGCCAUUUCUAGCUGGCUACUCUUACAAUAUUGCACUGCCUGGUCAUCUUUAACUACUCUUGAAGCAUUGGUGUCCUUUAGGCAUUCCUAUUGUGGUUGUCUGUCUUGCCUGAUCAUGCACUUGGACAUAUUUGUUACCAGCUUGACACUGUACUAUACCUUACAUCAUGAGGGAUUGCUUUUACAGGCUCCUAAAACAGCCUUUAAUCUUAUGUUUAUGUGAUGGCACUGGGCCACUGUGUUCCUUGUGAUUACAGGUUUCAUCAACUUUUGUUUGGCUUGUGAAGCUGGUAGCUGCAGGCAUGGGCAGAUUGAGAACAUUUUCAGUGUUGACCAGGAUAUUUAAAUUGUCACAUCUGUGCACCAAUAAGUCUUCAUGCAUAAAACACAUCGUGUUUGUAAAAAGGAAAACAUAGAGCCACCUCUCGGAACAGAUAUUGGUGAGCAGGUGCAAAGCAAUGUAUCACCAGUAUUCGCUAAUGAGUGUGUUUGGUUUCGCACUCCAUAUAUGGCACAAGUGAGCAUGUCUUCAUGCCUACAGAUGUUUAUUCACAAAUGGGCACUUCCUUUUAAAUAUUAAAGCCCACUAGGGCUCCUUUGAUGCAUAGAUAACAUUUAAAAAUAGAGAUGUUCCUUAAUAUUCUUUAAUAAUUUGGCGUCACAUGUGAGAGUGUGCCUGUGCUAGUCAUUGUCCUGUGUGCUCGAAUAGUCUGAGAAAAAAUUGUGCAGAGUGACUGCAUUUGAGAGUAUGGUUUGUUUGUAUCCUUAUAGUUAUAAACAUGCUGCUUCUCAUAUAUAUAUAUAUAUGGUGUAAAUUGUUGCUAUUGGUUUGCUUAUCCAGAUGGAGCAGGACACUGUCUGUAGGCAAAUUAGAAGCAGCUCACUUGUAUUGCCUUGACAUUUGAGUUCACAUUUUUCUCUUUGAAAGCUUAAUAUGUUGGAGCAAUUAUCGAUUGGGAAGCAAGUUCACAGGUACAAGCAUGUCCACUUUGGUUUUGCAGCAUGAAAUUUAAAAUGAGUAGCAGUCAUCUGGAACUCUGCCAUUGUUUAUUUUUGUACAUAUGUAACCACAUAAAGGAAUGGUUCUUUAAAUACUACUCACAAUGUGAAAGGGGGAAAAUUAAAGUGCUAUGUGAAAUAAUUCUGCUGUGUACUGAAAAGGAAAUAUUAUUUUGACUUUGAGCAUUCACAAAAGCUUAAAAUAUAAACUAUGUAAGCCCUUAUAUUUAGACAAGUGUUACAGUCCUGUAGACAUGCAUACCUCUUUAUGAAUUCAUUUUAAGAACUUAAGUUGGGCAAAGGGCAAGUUAAAGCUCUGAAAACUUAAGUUUAUCCCUCUAAGCACCAUACACAUAUACUAGUUGUGUUUGGUGUUUAGCCUGAGCCUUGCAGACUUGGUUGUGUAAGUGAAUUGAACAAAAGGAGUGGCACAUUGUUUGUCACAUUCAUAUUUGGUAUCUGAGGCCAUUCUUUGUCUGCUUUAGGUAUUGUCAUGAACAGUAAUUUCAUUUUGUGUGAGUGAACGCUUUGGCAGAAAUUUCAGUCGCUUGCAUGCAGCAUACCGUUGAAUAUGAUAUUGCACAUUACUGUCAGAUUGCAACAUACUGUCAUUUUCACAUUGUUGCUCCCAAAAGUAUAUUCAGAAAAACAUGUUCUUGAAAGCUAGAAUGGUAACAAAUGUUGUACAUCACGGGCAAAAGCAGCUAGGAGGUUAAACUGUUUCCUAUUUACAAUGCGUUUUUUUUCAUAGGUACGUGCAUAUAGCUUCUUUAUGACCAUGUGCACUAGCCUAAGUAACUCAAUUCUGUUCUCUCAAUGGUACAGGUUUGAGGAAUUGGUUUGCAUUCUUCUGUUGGGUCAGCUUGUGUCUGUUACAUAAGAAGUGGUGAAUAGUUCCAAUUUAGAGGUUCUUGAUGAAGUUUGACAUGUGAGCGACACAACGAUCUCUGCACGCCUUUGGCUCCUCUUGCCAGGACUUCCGAGGCAGCCAGAGCGUCAACAUGGUGGCUUUAUCUUGUAUGGGACACUAGCAGGUGUGUGACGAGCAGUCUUCCUCUGCUUGCUGCAGUUAUGCCUUUAUGCUAACCACAGGUGCAAAUGCCUGAGGCCUUGCUUUGUAACACUGAGUACUUUGUGGGGUCUCUUGCUAGGGUAGACUGCAUACGUGCAUCUUUCUACACAUCACCUAUUCAUGCGAUGACGGGCAUGUACAGAAGGCAUCAUUGAACUGCUGCUAAAAAGAUGCUGUUUUGAGACUGAAACCAUUAGUCGCAUAAACCUGUGUGAUUUUCAUGAGGUAGUGCUUCUUUCGAGACAUGGAGCAUAGUAUGGUAAAGGACUUGUACUGGUGCACACCUUGUGAAAGUGUAAGGAUGAUAUUUGUCUGCGAGAGCAACCCAGAUAGCUGCAGUGCUGCUUAGGCAGUACUUGCCUUGAUCAAAGCUGGUAUUGCCUCUGAUGCCUCUUCUGCUUCCUUCCAAGGUGAUAAAGCUUGCGUUGUAGUUUACCUGUCAUUUUUUUGCAGCAAAACCAUCUGAUUUACUUCCGUUUUCCAAAUGAAUGAUUGUGUAUCUGUUUUCCACGAGCGAAUUCACUGACCAUAGUGUGCAUAUUCAAGCUUAAUUGAGCACCAGGAAGUAUUGUCAUCUGUAGGCCAGUCACUAUUUUAGUCACAUUGUAGUUUUGGUGCUGCGCAUCAAGGCAAAAGUAUGAAAGUAAUUCUGCAUCUAUUAGAGUACUGGUAUAGGUAAUUCGACUAUAACCUGCUGUAUAUGCCUGCUAUGUAUGUGCUACAUUUCUGACUUCAGAAGCCACAUAGGGAACUGCUGCAAUGUGGUUUCUGUUAUGAGGCAUAUAAGAGAUGGCAAGUGUUAGUGUUGGCUAGUUCUUCGAGUUCCUACACAUAUUUAUUAUUUCUUCCCAUUCCCCUCUCCCUGUCUUGCAUAUCUAGACUUACCUAGGCAACCUGCACACUGGUUUAGGGACAAUCGCUCUUCAUUCCUUCUAUUAUUGUGCCAUUUGUAAUUGAAAAUUUUAAAUUGUCUUUGCUGCUGCACAUGUAGCAUUCCGACAAGCAAUUGAAGUGACUGCAAAUGGACGUUCUUGGCUUAGGCAACUUCAUGCAUGUGCCCCUUUACAGAAGUAGAGGAGCUGACAGCUGAUAACAACAGGCAAACGGUUGUUUUGCUCAUUGCUCUCAACAAAAAGUAGUUUAACUUCUUCAGCUCAUUGCAUCUGCCUGAUGCUGUUGCAUAGCAUGAAUGUGUUCGUUGGGUACAACAUAAUAGUGGCCGAGGCACUAGCUGUGGUGCUUUUCUCUUAUGGCUGCUAGCGUCGAGCACUGUCCAGGUGUGCCUGAGUGAGGCUUAACAGAGCUGUGUCUGGCAUUGGGUCCUGCAUAAGGUACCAGUAGUCGCCUCACUUAAUAGUUUACAGGUUCUUUGGUCAGAGCAAGCCAAGAAGUGGAUAUGCAUAGACACAUUUCUUUCCCCCAGAGUAUGUUUCAUUGUUUGCACAAGAUGCUUUAAUUAUGUGUUUGUGUGUUGUCUGUAGCAGAGAGUUUAUUUUACGUGAUGUGACUGUGCGAAUAGAGCUUCUUUUUGUACAUUUUGGCAUUGUCACACUGACUCGUCAUGUAGGCUGGGGAUGCAAACAGUGCUCUCAAGAAACCUGCACUACUUAUUUAUAACUGCUGUCUGAACAGUGCGAACAUGUGGGCCUUGCUUGGACAUGAUGCAUCCUGUGCCAUGCAGAGGGCUAAACUGGCCAGACUUGUAUUGAAUAAGUGCCAUGCUUUGUUGAUUGUGCCCACUUUGCUGGCUGACCCUGUAAGCCUGAUGAGCCUGCAUGCGUGCAUUAACAAAAUGCCUAUUGGUGCGAGUCACUUAAAGGCUUCAGCGUAGCUACGAAUGAGAAAGAAAACAAUUACUAUUGUCAUCUGAUUUUAUUAUUCUUUUUAAUGACACGGGACAUUGAAAGUACAACACACUUGCCUGACAUAGUGAAACAACUAAUGAUAAAUGCUAAUCUUUGAUAAGACCGUCCCUACAUUUCAAAGUUGUCAGCCCAUCUAUUUAUUGCCCUCAUUGCGAGUGAACUGAUGAGGGAGGAAAGUUAGCAAGUGUAUGUGCAAGCUCAUACACUUUGCAAUUGGCGUGAACUGUUGCAGCUACAUACUAGGGUCCAGGUGUAGUCUCAGUAAAACCUGCAAUUCCUGCUGCCUUGCAGUGCAGAAUUUCAAUGCGAGAGAAACUCGGAGACAGAAACAGCUCAAUAUUCUUUGCAUUUUCUUCAUUAUUAUGCCUUCAGAUUUUCUGUGAGUGUCGCAGAGUGGCCAGAAACCACAGAUGACAUAAUGAUCCGUUGGGUGUUCAGCUACAGUGGCCACAAUUCACCAUUGCAUCAAGGCAUGUGGGUCAGUCACUGGACGCAUCUGUACACACGGUUUUGUCCGUCAAGACCUUCCCUGUAGUUUCUUCUCCUUCCAAUUUCUUACCGCGUGUUACACGGAUUUCUCAUGAAAACUUUGAACCACCACCAUCACAGCUCCUGUGUAGGUCCUGGUGUGCAUAACUUUCUUAUUCUUCCUGAUGUGUUAUUAGAGCCAGGGGUUUGUAAAUGAUCUGCUGCUGGCUGUUGUCCUGUGGUUGUUCGGUAUACAGUGGAUUUUGUAGCAGGCAGAGCCUUCCAAUGGAGGUUGCUGAAAACAAUAAAGUGAUCUUUCUUUUUAA